UCACAUACCCUUGUGAUAGUUGGCCCCACAUCAUCUCUUAAUGCCAAGACAGUCUGGGGUGCACUGAGAGGUAUGUAAAGGCUGUGACUCAGUUAUCUAUUCAUAGCACACCUACAGGACAAGCUCUCAGUUUCCUUUUAUGAGAAGAUGUCCACACAUAUGAUAUAGUCAAUAUAGUUGGCUGUCCAGAGCCACGUUUCCCAGAUGUCUACCUUUGAUAAGUCUCCACGUAUCAAGAAUGUCUGUCUCGUUCUAUUUUGGUGGAUGAUGGCCAGUCACUCAACCCCCAAUUCCCCUCCACCUCCCCCCCCCCCACCUUCUCCCUCUUCCUUAAUCUUUCAAGGGUCCUGUUGAGACUCUCCUUGUAAUUCUAUUAAUUUCAUUAAUACUGUCAUUAUGUCCUUCAUUUAACAGGUCUUGAAACUUUCAGUCAAGCUGUUUACGAGGAUGAGACUGGAUUUGUGAGGCUUUACUAAAUAAUUACACGAUUUUGUCUCUUAACCUCUUUUGACUUUUCAUUAUAUAGGUGACGUAGAUUUUAUUAUAUUGCACAUAGUGUCUUAAAGUGGAAGUGUGCAGCCCCUUCCAUAUCUGGGGCAAAUCCAGGACAAUCUUAUAUCCAGAUCUCUUGUGGACAAAGCCAGUCGCUCCUACAAGAGAUCUGGGUACGAGAUUAAAUCUAGGAAUUUGAUUGGCGUGAAAACGAAGAGGAAGAGAAUAGAUCAGUUUCAAAACAUGUAAUUUUUGUGUAUUCUUUUACUAUCUAAAAACCUCUCAUUUCAGUACCUUGCCAAUGGGUCAUCAAUCAGUGACUACCCACGAUUUCGCCACAGAGGAUUCAUGAUUGACACAUCCAGACAUUUUUUGGAGCCUUCUGUCAUUUUUAAGUUCAUCGUAAGUCGCCGUAUUCUUGGCGGGAAAAAUAAGGUUUCGCACAACCCACCUAUUAGAAAAGUUUUGAAGGCACAUUGUGGCAGAUCUUGAUCCCGUGAAUAAAUACCUGGUAGUUAGUGGAUUCAAAUGAAUGAAUGUGUAAAGACUAGAGAUAUUUUUCACCAAACGGGAAACUUAAGGCGUGUUUAAUAUUUUCUUUUAUAAUCUCUAUUCAACUGUUGUGACAUGCGCAGAGGAAAUUUGUGAUACUUAACGGUGUCAACUUAUCAAGGUAUCUUGAUAAAGACAAUAUAUACUGUGAUUUUUGGAAUAUUUUAUGCGUUUCCUUAGCCUUUCUAACUGAAUCGGUUCCCUGUGGUUUUGGGACCCUAAAAAACCCGCCCUAAAUAAAAACCUAUACCCUAAUUGGACUCUACUCACUGGCAGGUGAAGUUUAGGAGGUCAGGUUCUUCCAUAAUCAUCCGCUGUCAAACUUAUUCUAAUCCGUGGGAUGUGCGAAAUCCCCCUAUGCUACCAGACUAUUUGCCUUAUUUUGUUUUGUUAUUGCUUCUAUGGGUUUUAAUCAGUAAAUUGAACAAGUGCCUUUUCUGCCUGUCCUUAGGAAGCCAUGUCUUACAGUAAGUUUAAUGUCCUUCACUGGCAUGUAGUGGAUGACCAGUCAUUUCCAUUUGUUAGUGACAACUUUCCUGAAUUAAGUGGGCAGGUAUUUGAUGCUUAAUUGAGGUGUAUACAGAUUGUGUAUUCACCUAACAUUCAUUUAAGGCUAUGUUUAUACAAUACCUUGAAUACCGGAUAGCUUUUGCACCGGCAAGAAAACCAUACUGGAUGGGGCUUCUUUUCUUACAUAAGAACGAUGAUUUCGGUGCGAUUUCUAUAACGGAGUGAAGCUUGGUCGCGCCGAUCUCGAAAGUGGAGCGUCGCAUAUCGGAUACAAGGUUUUGUGUUACUCACGCCUUGGUGGAGUGUGAACAGGUAUAUUCGGACCUUAGAGAAGUGAAUAAGUAGGAAAGAGGACUGCUGACCCACUGAGACGGAAGUAACUAUUCAGGAGUGAGGACCGGAGAACAAUCUCGGCCAACCGCUCCGGCACGAUGUUUGAUGUGUGUGAACGACUUGUUCCAGUUCUGUAUUGUUGCUGUUCUGGUACUCGUUCAAUAUGAAACGUAUAGUGUGAAACUAGCCUAAAAAAAUCUUUCCAAAGACAAAUUCAUCAAUUUCUUCUUACGAAGCUUGGGAUCGAGAUUGAUGAAGUUUAAGUGCCCUUUCUUUCGCUGGAGUUUGAAAAUGAAUACUCAGAAUUAUUGUAUUCUUCACAGAACUGUAAUACAUUUACAUACAUCGCCCGCCUUGAUUAACUCUCGUUUUACAUGCGUAGUGUAUUUUUUAUACAUUUGAACCAAGUAUUAUUGAAUUUAUGGAUAAAUAAAUGAAACAAAAAGAAAUUGGUCGGGGCAGGGGAUUUUGAAGGGAUCUUCGACUUCUUCCAAAGGGAAAAGGGGGAAUCAAUGUACCAGUGUUCCUCUUUAGACUGAUCGCAAUGGGAGAGCUAUUUUCAGUGUAAUAGACGAUAUCAUAGACCCAAAGUUAUAGUAUUCAACUUUGGUAACGGAAAAUUCAAUCGAAGUUAAGCUUAAUUAUAUCUGACGGCGUACUUGGAAAGAUUAGAGUUCCAAUGAUAAAUCAGAUCAUACUUCAAAAUGUUCCAUUAUGAUAAUAGCAGCCACAGAGAGCCAGGAACCCAAUUUUUGUUGCGGAAGCGUAAAUGAAACAAUCAGUCUGUUAAUUGAUUCACCUGUUAAGUCACUCAACCCACCAACCAAUCAAUCAAUUAGUCAGUCAACCAAAAUUAGUUGAUCGUUGUCAUUCGUAGAGGUUUUCUUUUCUUUUUUUUUCCUAGGGUGCUUACAACAACAAAACCCACAUUUAUACAAAAGAGGAUGUCAAUAACAUUAUCGAGUACGCUAGGAUGCAUGGGAUCAGAGUUGUUCCAGAAUUUGAUACGCCAGUAAGGACGACUAUAAAGGGUGUAUGAAGUACAAUGGGAUGACAGGUCGCGUGCACGCAACAGCAUGAAACCAGCAUUUUCACCCACUGAACAGGAGUACAACAUAUUGGUCUAACGUCACCCAACAAUGUUGUAUGGUGUUGGGUGCGUUCGAACGGACCUAAGUGUUUUAGUCAAUCAAACCCAGGGUCCGCAAAAUUUUUUGAACGAACAAACACUUGCAUGGAUCCGCCUUUUCGUUUACACGGGACCUGCAGAACCGUCUACGUUUUUCAACAACAAAUAAUAGAAUUUGUACGAUUCCGUGUGGACGGGUUGCACAGGUAAAAAACUGAAUCGCCCGUUCAAAAAUUUGUCCAGAGCCGUGUUAACGGGGUUUCACUUGCCAAGUCAGUUCCCAUGAAUCGCGUUUGCCAUUUGCAUUUAUCAGUUACAUUAACCGGAAAACUCCCGUAAAUGGCUGAAAGUGGUAUCAAAUCAUGAUGGCUUUGAAGAACACAAACGGAACACGGAUUUCCGUUUGGAACAUUCCGACCUGGGAAACAGGGCUACCUUUUCAGACGUUCUGUUGCUCCCUGGAAUUUUCCACCGGAACGACCCUAACAGUCGUGUUCCAUUUACUUUCCAGCCGGAUCUUCCGGAAACGUUUUGCCAAUGGUAAACAACCAAAAUUUGCCAAUUUGAGCAUCGCGGUCGAAUUUGUGUAUUCUCUCAAAACAAUCGAAUUUCGACAAGUCUUAAUGUUAAUACGUCAUUGGUGUGAACAUCUACUGUUAUGACUUCAUCCAAAAAAGUAACAGUUAUCACUUCGACCCAUUAUUUUGCAUCAACGUCUAUAAGAUUUUCUGUUGUUUUGAAACUAGACCGCGAUUUCUCACAUUGCUAUGUUUUUAAUUGUAGAGUAGGAGUUGACAAUCUCAUUGACCUUUAUAAACAUCCAGGAGCCUGUCACAAUUUGUUAACAAACAACAAAGGAUUGUGCUCCGUCAGGGAGCUCUCUCUUGUAAUACACCGAAUAAACGUUUGCGGACCUCUCCGGAAACCAACUUCCGAUUAAUUUCAAGCUUUUAAUUGGUCUAAAAAUAACUUUGAUGACAUUCACAUCAGUCCCCAGGGCGACACUGGGCGUUACCCUCUCUGUCCCAUUAUUCUCUCUUAGUAUGAGUCAUUGAGUGCUCAACCAGUUCUUGCACAACUUGAUUUUAAAAACCCCUAUAAACCACUGUGGUAAACGCCACAUUAGGGUACCUUGAGUAAACGCUAAAAAAACUGUUAUAUCCUUGUUGGGUUGACUACAUAUUAAUAUUUUCUUUUAGGGUCACACUAGAUCGUGGGGAAGCAUAAAGAAUUUAUUAACGCCAUGUUACUCUAAAGGAAAGCCAUCAGGGUGAGAAAACCUAUGUUGAAGAACGCUGCGGAUUUUGCUGUUAGUUUUUCACGUGUUAACUUUAAUGAGUAACCUGCGUUAAGACUCAAAAAGUUAGUUUUGUCUACCAGGUUGUUAAGGUCAAUUUGCUAUUGUAAAGAAUAUUUUCAAUAUCCGGAGUAUAGUAGUGUCUUCCUUUCUAUUAUCCUGAUAAUAAGGACUUUAAUUUUCAUCGUGCAUUGUGCCUCUUCACCCGAUUCCCUGUUUAAUAGCAGAGGCCUCUGUACCCUUUCCUCUUUUGCCUAGUUGUAUAUAUGCUAGGUUAUUGACCAAACGUGAGGUUAAGAUGGCUGGUUAUUGACCAAGGUCUUUUUUUUGGCCUUUUUACGGACCUAGUCGAAACAAGAGGGAACUCUCUUUUGUUAGAAAUCGCGGUUAAUAAAAACGCAAACGCCACUUUCCAGCCAUCUCGAUCGAGAAAGGUGAUAACCCAUAUGUUAAGCAAAUAGUUUAUCCGUCUUUACCUGUCCAAUCAUCCUUGCUUUCAAUGUCAAGGAUUUAUUACAUGUCUAAAAGACCUUCUUACGGGGCCAAAGCGGGAAAUCCCGAGCGGGCAAGAUAAGCCCAUCUUGCCUGCUCAAAAAGCCAAUCAGAACACAGGAUUCGCUUCGUCUUGCUCCCUUCCUGAACCAGCAACAUGAUGGGUCACGGUUAGUAGCAAUAUUCAUAGGCGCAUGCUUCAAACUCCAGGAACUAGACAACUGAUUUGUAGGUUCCGGCUAAGCUCUGCCGUCGCCAUACAUCAGUGGAUUAGCGUCCAGGUGGGGUGAGGGGGGGAUUGCCCCCUUUCCGAUAAACAGUUAUGUACCUUUCCGUUACUUUUGCAGGUCAUAUGGACCAAUCAAUCCAACUCUGGACUCCACCUUCACAUUUUUGAAGACGUUUUUCUCAGAAGUUGCCGAGAGAUUUCCUGAUCAUUACCUUCACUUGGGAGGGGACGAAGUCGGUGAUAAAUGUUGGUAUGUGAACGCACUAGGUUAACAAACGAAGGAAUGUAAGUGCUUUACAUUGGCUGCUUCUUAGUGUUGAUCUAUCAAAAAAUGUCUGGACAAAUAUGUUGUUGUGGUGUGAAUAUUGUUAGGUAUCUUUUCAAUUUUUAGUGUUCAUGCGCACGCGUUUUUUGGUGAUCGAACAACCCGAGAAGUACCAAAACAAUCUUCUUGUUUUCCUCUCCUUACAGGGCAAGUAAUCCUAACAUUACAGCGUGGAUGCAGAAGAUGGGAUAUGGACAAAACUAUUCUCUUCUUGAGCAACAUUACGAACAGAAGUAAGUUGAGCCUCAUACUAAGGACGUUACUGGAUAGAGUCAAACCUCUGCUGACGGCUAUCCCAGGGGUGUAGGGCCAUCCCAGGGAUGUAGGGGGCGGGCAUGCAAUGGAAACGUGGGUAGACCGGGUGUCAAGUUCAGGAAAAGAAAUAUCAUCAUGGAAAUUUCGGGUCGUAGUUGUGCAGUGACGGCGAAAAAUUGUACUGUACUAAAAAGUGUGAUGCUCGUGCAGAAUUAUUGUUUUGCUUGUGUUUUUGUCCAGGGUGACAAAGGGGUUUUCCGUGACGUGUGAUGGGACCCAAACAGUAUCAGCGUGAUGCGUGAUCGCGCCCAAAUUAGCCACGAGGCGUGAAUGGGCUUCGGAGUGUGAUGCGUGCUUUACUAUUUUCACAACGUGUGAAGCGUGAUUUUCCUUUGAAAUGUUCAUGAUGGUUAAUGAUUAUCGUUUGAAACUAGAAGCAGAGGCAUUUAAGAUAGAUAUUUGUGACACCAACUUCUUGCCCUUUUCCCUCGUUCCCCGACCUCUGAUUUCAUCAGAUCAAAUGUUAAUAGGAUACUUGUUAAUGUCUAUAAUAUUUUAUUUUAUUUUCCGUGAUGCGUGAUAGCUUGAAAAAAAAAAAAAAUUGGCGUGAUGCGUUUGACGUUCCCAUCCCUAAUGCUGUCGUGGCCACAUAAGCUCUCUACUGGUAAACUAAAUUGUAAUUGUAAUUGUACGUCUGUAUGUACAGCUCAUUAAUGACGAUAUGCAAACGUGAUCCUAAGAAGGUCUUUUGGAAAUCGAAAGAAAAACAACAAAAGCCAAAUGUUGGUGAAACCCUUGCGAUGACAUAUGAUUUGUUAUGAUGUAUAUAGGACCCUGAAUUAUCACGUGAUUCAUCCCUGAAUUCUUGUCAUAUUUUCAGCCUCCUACAGAUAGUAGCCGCCCUUGACAAGAGUUACAUUGUGUGGCAAGAAGUUGUUGAUCGUGACAUCAAAGUCCUCCCUGAUACUGUGGUGAAUAUUUGGAAAGGUGGCUGGAAGAAUGAAAUGGCAAAAGUGACGAGCAAGGGGCUCAGAGCAAUUCUUUCAUCUUGCUGGUAUCUCAACCGCAUUCAUUUUGGAAUAGACUGGUCACAGGUACUUUUUGCUUUUAUCAGGCUUAAUUCAGCCUUUGACUAAGAUGUUAAGUGCCAGUGACAGUUGUACUUGUAAUGUAACGAAAUUAAACUGGACCUCUUCUUGUUCUUUUUCAGUACUAUACUUGUGAUCCAACAGACUUUACUGGUAAGAAAUCAGUCGCACUGAUGAGGAGGAGCGAAUGAGGCCAAAUAAUUAUAUCCGAAAAAAUCCUAUUAGGCCAAAACGAGACCCAACAAGAGUAAAGCAAUGGCCAAGAACCUGAUACACGAAAAGAAAGUUCUCUUAUGAACAGAAGUUCUCCGAGUUAUUUUCACGUGUUUUGAGUUUUUUGUAAACCCACAGAAAAAGAAGUCUGCAAAAUAGUCUUUUUCUUUUCUUUUUAAAUUUUGCGGUUAAAAAGUCAGCCAAAAAUUUCUAACCCGAGAAAAAGUUCAUAUAUCUUUAAUGUCAGACGCCAAAAAAGGACUUCGCACCUCCCCAUCACUAGUUAUACCCGAGUGCUCUUCUCCCUCCUCCCCCUCCCCCCUGCGCCAGGGGUUCUGCUUACAGCGCGUAGUUACCCUGCUUCCUCGUCGCGAGCUUGAGAUAGUUAUUUAGCGGCUGAGCGUAACGAGCAAAAAAUGACUUUUAUUCUUUGUUUUACCGGGUACCGAAAUACGUACAAAGUCUUUCUUUUCUUCACAUAGUAGAUACAAGUAACAUUUUCGUAAACUUGUCGUCAAAGUUAGACAGAUGCUCGUCAAAAAAGAAUCUCCAUCGAGCAAACUGCACUAGAGGGGAAAAUGACGACGGCGUUAUUAGCGGUUAUCGUAGUGGUAGUAGUAGUGGUAAUGGUAGUGGUAGUGGCAGUGGGGAUGGUAGUCGUAAUGGUGGUGGCAGUGGCAAUAGUGGUGGUGGUGGUGGUGGUGGUAGUGGUAGUGGAAGUGGUGGUGGCAGUGGCAAUGGUGGUGGUAGUGGUAGUGGAAGUGGUGUUGGCCGCGGCGGCAGCAGCAGUAGUACUGAGUUGUAGCAGUAGUAAUAAAAUUGAGUUUGAAGAGGCAUAUUUGUUUUCUAAAAUAGGGGUCACUGUCUUUGAUGUUUUGAUCAUUUUCUCUGCUUGUUAUUUCAGGCACAGACAAACAAAAAGAGUUAGUGAUCGGCGGUACAGGUUGUAUGUGGGGAGAGUAUGUUGAUGGAGGUAACAUACUUCCAAGAACCUGGUAAGAAUUUCAAAGAACCCUUUUUUUGAUAUUUUAUAGUCCAUUUUUGCGCGGGAGUGUCAAAUAACUCUUACUUUCGCAGCAAGUCUUAAACUCGCGUAAAAUCUUGGCGGUUUCCUUUGACGAUAUCAGUCAUUGGUUUCUGAAUUUGCUAUCAGUGAUUAACAGAUUCAUUGAGAAGGUUCCCUCAGGUAGUUAGCAUUAAGUUAAAUGAUUGUGUGUUUUUAGAGAUGACGCCAAAAUGGAGCAAGUAUGGUACGGUGUGAGACUGAAAUGCUUCAAGAAUGAUGAAAGGGAAAAAAGAGGCCCAGACUAAGGCUUUCACAAAGAUCUUCUCUUUCUCCGCAAUCUUUUUUAUUUCCCCAGGCCCCGCGCUCUUGUAGUAGGAGAGAGACUGUGGAGCAGUAAAGAAACCACCAAUUUAGCUGACGCUACUGGAAGACUCUGGGAACACCGCUGUCGUUACGUAAGGUACGAUGUCAUAACCCAA